AUGGCGACCAAAAGAUCGAAAGCACAAGCAGGCAGCACUCCCUCCUCCACCCUUACCUCCUCCAAGACUUCCCUGUGGAGAUUCUUCAAAGAAAAACAGGAGGCAGACAUGCGGUCCAAGAUGGCCGCGGCUGAGAAAUCUCCCGCGAGCAGCGCGCCAGCCAGCCCUGCUCCCUCGGACAGCUCCACAGAAGAAGCAGAUAUUAAAACCAUACUAACUCAGCUACCCUCCAAACUGGACCUCGAGGCAAUGUUCUCCAAAAUAGAAAGGAACUUUGGCGCCAAGCUACAAUCUCUCCAUGAGGAGGUAAGCCACAUUGGCAAUAGGGUGCAAACACUAGAAGAGGAGGGGGAAACAACAGCCCUACAAAUGCAUAACAUACAAACUCUCCAACAAACCCAAAACGAGGCCCUAAUAUUCCUACAGAGGAAAAUAGAGGACCUAGGCAAUAGGGGAAGGCGCAACAACCUCAGAAUUAGAGGCAUUCCUGAGACCCCUGAAGGAACAAGUGAAAAUAUCCCACAAACCCUCACAAAUCUCUUUAAUCAGGCCGCUAGAUCCACCCAUCAAGUUUGA